AAACCAAGCACAUUCACCACCUAACAAUCCACCAUUCCACCAAUCAUAAUAUAAUUAACUUCAAGGCCAGUGGCCACCGUGUCCUUAUUGCUUUCUUACCGCUACUGCCUACUAUCAUUCACCUGACUCGGUAGCCUCGGUAGCCUAGCCUGAGUCACUCACGUACCCUUGUACCCUAGCUACUGCUAGACAAUGCGCUGGCAGAGGUGAACCUGCUGUUAUUUGUAUUGAGGAAUUAGGACGGCACCUCUCUACUUUCAGCUUUAAUUCAUUAUUAUUAUCUUCUGCGGCUACAGCCUUGCUUGAUCUUAAAAUUCCGGAGCAAGCUACUAGAGAAAUUAGCUUGCAUCCGGCUUGCAUCCAGUUUACGCAAUCAGAAGACCUAAAGUCCUCCUAUCAACAGCCAAACCAAACUAAUAAGAUGGCUACUACCUGGGAAAGUCAACAAACCACGACGUCGACUCCUCAAGUCAAGUUUGAGACCUCUCCUGCAGAGUCUCUUAUGUCAGUACCUGGCGACGCGUAUCCCUCUCUAUUCGCUACGCCUUCUACAUUAAACCCCUUGGAGAGCGUCAUGACUCCUCAAUCGUUUGUGGAGGAGGGGUUUGCGGACUCGGCCACAAUACAAUCUACCCCGUCGCCGGCUCCUGAGAGUUCCGAAAAGAAGCCGGUCAAGAAGCGGAAGUCGUGGGGCCAAGUCCUCCCAGAGCCUAAGACAAACCUACCCCCGAGGAAACGGGCAAAGACCGAAGAUGAGAAAGAACAACGACGAGUCGAGCGAGUCCUCAGGAAUCGCCGUGCUGCCCAGUCUUCUCGGGAACGUAAGCGUCAAGAGGUGGAGGCCUUAGAACAGAGGAAUCACCAGCUAGAAGAGCUUCUGCGCAACCAGCAGAAGACGAAUGAAAUGUUGAUGGAUGAAUUAAAUAAACUCCGACGAGGAUCUGGCGUCAGCCGUAGCUCGUCCCCUUUAGAUGGCUUUCAGCCUUCUCCCCUGACUUUAUCUCAGCCGUUAUUUGGUUCAUCUCAAGAUGGCACGGCACAAGACAAGUCCGGCAUGAUCAAUGACUUUAUCCUCAUGCCCGAGCAGGACGGCACUGUCGAUCCUGCCUCUCUAUCCCCCGAAUUAACCCCUGUCCCUGAUGACACAAUUCCCGAAACGUCGACGACUGAAGAGGUCGCGACGGUCCCCGCUUCUGCGACUACUUCCGACGAGACACAACAUCCAGCAGCGGUGUUGUGCGGCCAGCAGUGUCCGUCGGUGGAAGUUCCGCAGUCGUGGAAGGCCUCGCGACAACCGUCGCCUCCAGUGCUGUCACUCUUACUACAGCUUCAAACGCUACUGAUGGCCUCUUCGGUGAUGCUUUCAGCCUUUCGACACCCUUUGAUAUUGAUUCGUGGAGCGUUCAAGGCCAAUUUAGUCCUUCAUCCGACCCCCUCGAUUUUGAGUACAAUAAUCUGGCUGGUAACUCGACCCCCCAAUUUCCAGAUUUCGACUUCGACCAAUUCCUCAGCACCGACGACGUCAGCGGCGCAGCUCCAGGCGCGACCGCGGGAAGCGACUCGGUUGUCCAAGAACACCCGGACCCAGCCUUCAGCCUCUUCGACUCUGAGAAUCAAAACCCUUCAGAAGCUCUUAACCAGCAGCCCCAUCUUGGCGCGUCCGCUCAAGGAUGCGACGAUGGGGUUAUUGCGGUUGGUGUCUGAGAAGGGACGCGAUGACCGAGUCGAGGAGCUGGCAGUUGGAUCCCCGGGUAUCAAGGGCGAUCAGAGCCGUGGACCGCAGACGUGGCCAGACGGCACCAGCUUACCGUCGCGAGAGGUAUUGCUCACAUUACUAUGGGCAAUCACUGUCGAAGAACGGAAAUUAUUAGUAUCGGAGGAGGCCACUAUAGCCUCCUCGCCAGACUCUAGACUCGGAUUAUCAAGCGUCCCUGGAGAACAGACACCAACACAAAACUUUGUAUUAUCGGUGACUACCACAUCAAAACGGGAAAGAGAAAUGACGGAACUAGGUGGCAGGAAGCGGAUUAGGCUUUCUCCGUAGGUGUUCCGGAUUAAAAUGGAAUUUGGGUACACAGGCGGGCGUCAAUGGAGCGGAUGUAUGAUGGCGUGGUUUGCCAUUGAAGCUGGACUUGUAUCAUCACAAUAUUAUGAAUUGAGAUUUUUAUGCUUUCA